GGAGGCUGGAGCGCGGCGGAGUUUUUGUGCCAGCGCAUCCCAGAGCGGAUUGAAAAGGCUGGCGAGGCUCAGGAAGCUGGGCAGUUAGGGACUUACAUUCAAGCCCCCAAGCCCCCGGGAGGGCAAGGGGGCUGAAGGCGAGGCUUGGGGUCGGCGGGAGUGCGGCGGCGGGAUGGUGUCUGCCCGGGGGGAAGGGGCGAGCCCUGCCGGUCGGUGGUGAGGGGCUGCGGCCAGGGAGGCUCCGCGGGUCGAAACGGCUCCAUGCCCACUGGUGGGUGGAACGUGUUGAGUGCAACGCGGAGGUCGAGCCUGGCGGCCACUUGGGAUCUUUAACGUGGUGUCUAACGUGGUCUUUCAUUUAGCCCACGUUGGUGUUAAUUCACUAAGGGCAGUUUUGCUAGUCUGGGUUCUACAGGAGCUGGGCAACCUUGACGGGCUUUUUGUCUUGCUACUCCAGCCCCCUUUCCCUUGCUCGUUCUCCAGAUGCCUUUUCUCUGCCCCUCCUCGCCCGGUACAGACAUUUCCAGCGCAGGCUGCCGCUCGUGGUGGCUGUCGAAGCCACUUCUCGAGAUUUCGGCUCGUUUCCCUCUGGGUUGUGUUUUGAGGAGGGAGAGUUUUACCGCCUCCACGAUGGGUUUUCCCUCCCAUGCGGAAAUGGACUUCCAUUGAUUUCUACUUACUUCUUCAACGUUUGGUGACUAAUACCCUAAGUGCAUUUUUGUGGUAGUUCCUUAUUUCAAAUACAUGACCUGUAAAAUGGAGAACGAAAUUUUUACUCCCCUUCUGGAGCAGUUUAUGACCAGCCCCUUGGUCACUUGGGUUAAAACGUUUGGACCUCUGGCUGCAGGAAAUGGGACCAACCUGGAUGAAUAUGUAGCUUUGGUGGAUGGGGUAUUCUUGAACCAGGUCAUGCUGCAAAUUAAUCCUAAAUCGGAGAGUCAGAGAGUAAAUAAAAAAGUCAACAAUGAUGCCUCACUUAGAAUUCAUAAUCUCUCCAUUUUGGUGAGACAGAUAAAAUUUUAUUACCAGGAGACUUUGCAGCAAUUGAUCAUGAUGUCAUUGCCAAAUGUAUUAAUCAUCGGCAAAAAUCCCUUUUCUGAGCAAGGCACAGAAGAAGUUAAAAAGCUGCUUUUACUUUUGCUAGGUUGUGCUGUUCAGUGUCAGAAAAAAGAGGAAUUUAUUGAAAGAAUUCAAGGUUUAGAUUUUGAUACAAAAGCAGCAGUUGCCGCACAUAUUCAAGAGGUAACCCAUAAUCAAGAAAGUGUGUUUGAUCUGCAAUGGAUGGAAGUGACUGAUUUGUCUCAAGAAGACCUAGAACCACUCUUGAAAAAUAUGGCAUUGCAUUUAAAAAGACUUAUAGAUGAGAGAGAUGAACAUUCAGAGACUAUCGUAGAACUCUCUGAAGAACGGGAUGGUCUUCAAUUUCUACCCCAUGCGUCUUCUGCCCAGUCACCCUGUGGUUCUCCAGGCAUGAAGCGAACAGAAAGUCGACAACAUCUGUCAGUAGAACUGGCAGAUGCUAAGGCCAGGAUAAGAAGGCUUAGACAGGAACUGGAAGAAAAGACUGAACAGUUGUUGGACUGUAAACAAGAACUUGAGCAAGUGGAAAUAGAACUAAAAAGACUGCAACAAGAGAAUAUGAAUUUGCUUUCGGAUGCUCGUUCUGCCAGAAUGUACCGAGAUGAAUUAGAUGCCCUUCGAGAGAAGGCAAUCAGAGUUGAUAAGCUUGAAAGUGAAGUCAGUAGAUAUAAAGAGAGGCUACAUGAUAUUGAAUUUUAUAAGGCAAGAGUUGAGGAAUUAAAAGAAGACAAUCAAGUUUUAUUAGAAACAAAAACCAUGUUGGAAGACCAACUAGAGGGAACUCGAGCUCGUUCUGAUAAAUUACAUGAAUUAGAAAAAGAGAAUUUACAACUAAAGGCUAAAUUGCAUGAUAUGGAAAUGGAACGUGAUAUGGAUAGAAAAAAGAUUGAAGAAUUGAUGGAAGAAAAUAUGACUUUGGAAAUGGCACAGAAACAAAGUAUGGAUGAAUCAUUACAUCUUGGAUGGGAGCUAGAACAGAUAUCCAGAACUAGUGAACUUUCAGAAGCACCACAAAAGUCCUUGGGCCAUGAAGUGAAUGAGUUGACAUCAAGUAGGUUAUUGAAGUUGGAGAUGGAAAAUCAAAGUUUGGCAAAAACUGUAGAAGAGCUUCGGAGUACUAUGGAUUCUGUAGAUGGCAACGCUUCCAAAAGCCUAAAAAUUGAAAAAGAAAAUCAAAGACUAAGUAAAAAGGUUGAAAUUCUUGAAAAUGAGAUUAUUCAAGAAAAGCAAAGUCUUCAGAAUUGUCAAAAUUUAAGCAAGGAUCUAAUGAAGGAGAAAGCUCAGCUUGAGAAAACAGUUGAAACACUUAGAGAAAAUUCAGAGAGACAGAUCAAAAUAUUGGAACAGGAAAAUGAACACCUGACUCAAACUGUGUCUUCCCUAAGGCAGCGCUCCCAGAUCAGUGCAGAAGCAAGGGUGAAAGAUAUUGAAAAAGAAAAUAAAAUUCUCCAUGAAUCUAUCAAAGAAACAAGUAGCAAACUAAGCAAGAUUGAAUUUGAAAAGAGACAAAUCAGAAAAGAAUUGGAACACUAUAAAGAAAAAGGAGAACGAGCAGAAGAACUUGAGAAUGAGUUGCAUCAUCUUGAAAAAGAAAAUGAAUUGUUACAGAAAAAGAUAACUAAUUUAAAAAUUACUUGUGAAAAAAUUGAGGCCUUAGAACAAGAAAAUUCAGAGCUAGAAAGAGAAAAUAGAAAAUUAAAAAAAACACUGGAUAGUUUUAAAAACCUUACUUUUCAGUUAGAAUCCCUAGAAAAAGAGAAUUCCCAACUUGAUGAGGAAAAUUUAGAACUGCGAAGGAAUGUGGAAUCUUUGAAGUGUGCAAGCAUGAAAAUGGCUCAGCUACAAUUAGAAAAUAAAGAACUGGAAAGUGAAAAAGAGCAACUUAAGAAGGGUUUGGAACUCAUGAAAGCAUCUUUCAAAAAAACAGAACGCUUAGAAGUUAGCUACCAGGGUUUAGACACAGAAAAUCAAAGGCUACAGAAAGCUCUAGAAAACAGCAAUAAAAAAAUUCAACAGUUAGAGAGUGAACUACAAGACUUAGAGAUGGAAAAUCAAACACUGCAAAAAAACCUAGAAGAGUUGAAAAUAUCUAGUAAAAGACUAGAACAGCUAGAAAAAGAAAAUAAGUCAUUAGAGCAAGAGACUUCUCAAUUGGAAAAGGAUAAGAAACAACUGGAGAAGGAAAAUAAGAGACUCCGACAACAAGCUGAAAUAAAAGAUACUACACUGGAAGAAAAUAAUGUGAAAAUUGGAAAUUUGGAAAAAGAGAACAAAACUUUACUCAAAGAAAUCGGUAUAUAUAAAGAAUCUUGCAUUCGUCUGAAAGAAUUAGAGAAAGAAAAUAAGGAGCUUGUGAAAAGAGCAACUAUUGAUAUAAAAACUUUGGUUACAUUACGUGAGGAUUUGGUUAGUGAAAAAUUAAAGACUCAACAAAUGAACAAUGAUCUUGAAAAAUUAACUCAUGAACUUGAAAAGAUGGGGUUAAAUAAAGAGCGACUCUUACAUGAUGAGCAGAGCACUGAUGACAGUAGGUACAAACUUUUGGAAUCAAAAUUAGAAUCCACUCUAAAGAAGUCCCUUGAAAUAAAAGAGGAAAAAAUUGCUGCUUUAGAAGCUCGAUUAGAAGAAUCCACAAAUUAUAACCAGCAAUUGCGCCAAGAACUUAAAACAGUGAAAAAAAAUUAUGAAGCUCUCAAACAGAGACAAGAUGAAGAAAGGAUGGUACAGAGCUCUCCUCCAAUAUCUGGUGAGGAUAACAAAUGGGAGCGGGAAAGUCAAGAGACGACUAGAGAACUUCUGAAAGUUAAAGACAGAUUAAUUGAAGUAGAAAGGAAUAAUGCUACUCUGCAAGCAGAGAAACAAGCAUUGAAAACUCAACUAAAGCAACUUGAGACUCAGAACAAUAAUUUGCAGGCUCAGAUUCUUGCACUUCAGAGGCAGACAGUGUCAUUACAGGAGCAGAAUACCACUCUUCAGACCCAGAAUGCAAAGCUUCAGGUUGAAAAUUCCACCCUUAAUUCCCAAAGCACCUCACUUAUGAACCAGAAUGCACAACUCCUAAUCCAGCAAUCUUGCUUAGAAAAUGAAAAUGAAUCUGUAAUAAAAGAGCGAGAAGACUUGAAAUCUCUCUAUGAUUCUCUAGUCAAAGAUCAUGAAAAGCUAGAACUUCUUCAUGAACGGCAGGCUUCAGAGUAUGAAUCUCUCAUUGCUAAACAUGGAACUCUGAAGUCUGCCCACAAAAAUCUUGAAGUAGAACAUAAAGACCUUGAAGAUCGCUACAAUCAGUUACUAAAACAGAAAGGACAGUUGGAAGAUUUAGAAAAAAUGAUCAAAGUAGAACAAGAAAAAAUGCUGCUUGAAAACAAAAACCAUGAGACUAUAGCUGCAGAAUACAAGAAACUUUGUGGAGAAAAUGAUAGGUUGAAUCAUACAUAUAGACAGCUUUUAAAAGAGACUGAAGUUUUACAAACUGACCAUAAAAAUAUGAAAAGUCUUCUAAAUAAUUCAAAAUUGGAACAAACAAGAUUAGAAGCUGAAUUUUCAAAGCUAAAAGAACAAUAUCAACAGUUGGAUAUCACAUCUACGAAGUUGAAUAACCAGUGUGAGUUGCUAAGCCAACUGAAAGGAAACUUAGAAGAAGAAAAUCGACAUCUACUAGAUCAAAUUCAAACAUUAAUGCUACAGAACAGAACACUGUUGGAACAGAAUAUGGAAAGCAAGGAUCUUUUUCAUGUUGAGCAAAGACAGUAUAUUGAUAAGUUAAAUGAAUUAAGACGACAAAAGGAGAAAUUGGAAGAGAAAAUUAUGGAUCAAUACAAAUUUUAUGACCCAUCACCUCCUAGAAGGAGAGGCAACUGGAUUACUCUAAAAAUGAGAAAAUUGAUUAAGUCUAAAAAAGAUAUUAAUCGGGAGCGUCAGAAGUCUCUAACAUUAACACCCACUCGCUCAGACUCCAGUGAAGGAUUUCUUCAACUCCCCCAUCAAGACAGUCAAGAUAGUUCUUCAGUAGGUUCGAACUCUUUAGAAGAUGGCCAAACUUUGGGGACGAAGAAAAGCAGCAUGGUUGCACUGAAAAGACUGCCCUUUUUGAGGAACAGACCGAAGGAUAAAGACAAAAUGAAGGCCUGCUACCGUCGUUCCAUGUCCAUGAAUGACCUGGUGCAGUCCAUGGUCCUAGCAGGAGGACAGUGGACAGGUAGUACUGAGAAUUUGGAGGUUCCUGAUGAUAUUUCAACGGGUAAAAGGAGAAAAGAAUUGGGAGCUAUGGCCUUCUCUACUACAGCCAUCAACUUUUCAACUGUCAACUCUUCUACAGGCUUCAGAUCCAAGCAGUUGGUUAAUAAUAAAGAUACUACAUCCUUUGAAGAUAUAAGUCCACAAGGUAUUAGUGAUGAUUCUAGUACGGGAUCAAGAGUUCAUGGAGUACAGGACAUUAACUGUGCAGAUGCUCAGGUUCCUCCUGUUCGUGGCAUCUCUGCAAUGUGCAGGGUUCCUUGUCUGAUCUGUUCUUCGAGACCAGCCAGCCUUGAUAGUGGCAGAACAUCCACUAGCAAUAGCAAUAAUAAUGCUUCACUCCAUGAAGUCAAAGCAGGUGCAGUUAAUAACCAAAGCAGGCCACAAAGCCACAGCAGUGGAGAAUUUAGCCUGCUUCAUGAUCAUGAGGCUUGGUCCAGCACUGGUAGCAGUCCAGUCCAGUACUUGAAAAGGCAGACCAGAUCAAGUCCGGUGCUCCAGCAAAAAAUGCCUGAGACACUAGAGAGUCGAGCACAUCACAAGAUCAAAACUGGUUCCCCUGGAAGUGAAGUUGUUACUCUUCAGCAGUUUUUGGAAGAAAGCAACAAGUUUAGCUCAAUACAGAUAAAGUCCUCAAGUCAAGAGAAUCUCUUAGAUGAAGUAAUGAAAAGUUUGUCUGUCUCUUCUGACUUUUUGGGAAAGGACAAACCGGUUAGCUGUGGUCUGGCCAGGUCAGUAAGUGGAAAAACCCCAGGGGACUUCUGUGAUAGACGGACAACUAAGCCUGAACAAUUUGUGAGACCUAGUCCUCGAAAGACUGAAGAUACUUAUUUCGUUAGUUCUCCAGGAACAUCUACACCAGGCACUCAAGGAAAAAUCAAAUUAGUAAAAGAAACUUCUCUGUUACGACAAUCAAAAGAUAGUAAUCCUUAUGCUACUUUACCUCGUGCAAGCAAUGUGAUCUCUACUGCUGAAGGGACUACUCGAAGGACAAGCAUCCAUGAUCUUUUGACCAAGGACAGUAGACUACCUAUGUCAGUUGAUUCACCACCAGCUACUGCUGAUAGCAACAUGACUUCAGCAUCUAAUAUGGACACGGUACAAGAAAGCAGAAAUUUUAAAAGCAGGUCUAGGGAGCAACAAAGCUCCUAAUUCUAUUACCCACUACAUGACGUGGGCCAAGUGAGAGAAAAGUGUCCUUCAGUUUCUCAAUAUGAAGCCUUUAUUUCUGAAGUAACAAGACAGCCAACUAUGACAACCAUUUUUUUAAAUCUUUAAGGAGACUUUUAACAACCCUUCAUGAAUAGAGCAGGCAAGAAUUUCAAACCUUCAUUCCUUCCUUGAAUCAAGGAGCACUACUGGAAUCAACUGCCAAAAAUUUUAGAAGGUUUUAGGACUUUACUAUACAUUAUACGUUAAGAUCUACUGAAUAAAGGACAUCCUCUUGCUAAGGACCAAGUGUUUUAAGGUUUCAAGAAGUAUUCCAGGAAUGAUCUUCUUUCAUUAUUUGUUCAUGAGUUUAUCCAUGUUUGCUUAAUGCUUCUGCUAAGUAUUAGCCCAAAUCUAGCCUUUACAUUUAGUUGUGUAAAUCUAAAUUAAAUGCUAUAGUAUUUUGUGGAAUGUACUAUAUAUAAAGAUAGAGAAAAUUGUUUUAGCAUGUCAGAACCUUAUCUGGUUAGCAGACUGCAUGUGUUAACACUCUUUUUAAAAAAGCAAGUCAAUUAUUUUGAUGCACUGCAAAAGAAAUUCAUUUGAUAAAAUCUGAAAAAUCCAUAGAGAUAGGAGUUAUGAAAAAUUUACAGUGGUAAUAAUAUGCUUUUCAGAUUCCCCAUUAAGUAACAUUAAGCAUUCACACAUGGAUCCAAGGUAAUUAAAGAGUGUUUUUCUGAAACUUGUUUUAAUAAGGUGGCUUUCCAGCAAAUAGCAGUCCGAAGAUACCUGUGUUUUAACCAUUUCCCUUCUUUGGUAUUGGGUUAUGUAUGUGUACUUGUUUUUUUUUAACUUGCAAGCUGACUGUUGCUUAAGAAGUUUUCUUAUGGCAAAAAUAAUGUAAAUAAUUUACUAUGGUCUGCAUUUUGCCAGGAACUCAUUUAUUAUUAAGGUUACCUUAUAUUAAUAAGAAUUCUUCUGUUCUUGUCCUUUAUAAUAUCACAUUAAAGUUGAUAACUGUUAUUGGUACUUUUGAAAUAUUUGUAUGCAUUUGUUACCUUAAACAUUUGGAUGAAGCACAAAAAAGAUUUAGUUAACCCAGGGAAACAUGAAUUUUUUUAGUAGUUCCAAUUUUAUAUCACAGUUCUAUUUUCUUACGAAAUCAAAAAUGCAUUAAUACUUAAUGCUAACUCAUCAUUUAACAUAAAUACCAGAAUAAUCUUAAAGGUCUAAAAGGAGAAAUAUAUUGACUUUUUUUUAUUUUAACAUGCACUUCUUAGGCUUUCAUUACCAGCUCUAAAGAUCUUUUUGGAAUAAUUCCAUAUUCCCUGGAGUGUGGUUUAUGAACUAUGUGUUUCAUUAUUAACCCAAUAGCCAUAAGAAAAGUCUCUCUUACUCUCCCUCUUUUUUUUUUUUCUCUCUCUCCCUCUUUUUUGAUAGGCCAGUAGCAGUGUUGUGUUUAUAGUCUACUUUCAGAAAAACAUUCAAUAAAAUGAGACAGCAUGUUUAGGUUAACCAGAUAUUGAAACGGAAGUUAAGAGAACUUGGACUUAAUUUAAUGCCACCAUUAACAGGUUUUGCCAUCAAAUAAUGCUGUAAAGUUAAGUCACUUUGAAACCCUGAUGAAAGGUGCUAUGUAAAUGUAAAUACAAAGGAUUUUUACUAAAAUACAAAUAUUGCAUAAGUCAUUUUUAAAACUUAUUCUCUAAUUUUGGAAUGUCUCUCUUCAUCUUGACUCCCUGGAUACAAGUAUCAAAUUGGCAGUGGGUAUUCAUGCCAAUCUAGACACUUGCAUGUAAAAAUUGUAAAUUUACUUUUAGGUAGUUAAACAAAGUAAACGUAGAAACUAUGUUUUAAUUAAAUACAAUAAGUGGGUAACUUAGAUUUUAUAUUAAAUAGCAUCUAAUUUGCACUACUAGGACAUAUCCCAGGAUAGUUACUAAAAGUUGAAAUUUAAUGAGUAGGGCAAUGAGGUGAAUGGUAUCACAGUUUGACCCCUCCAGGAAAUUAAUAUUCUAAAAUGGAUAACCUGCUGAAUUAUUUAAGAAGCACAUAUAGCCUCAAGUAGGAAACGCUUAAGGGCAGCCGGGUAAGUACUGAAUCUGAGUAGGUUGAUCCUGAGGAGGGGCAAUUACAGUGACUGCCAAGGGAACACAUUGAGGCUGCAAAUAAGAAUGUUCUUAAUAAUAUUUAUCACCUUUUUCAUACCAUUUCAAGAAAGAACUAGAUAAUAACAGUGUCAAUCUUUUACUUUUUCCAAAAGAAACCUUCAGAAGCAAACUGUGUAGGAAGCCACUCUUUUCCCUUAAACUUCUUCUGCCAAACAGAAUGGGAAUGCCAACUGGGAACUGACUGGAGGCCAUUUUCCUGAAAGAGGCCUGAUUUGCUUUUAACUAGCUGGCUAUUCUAAAGUGACACCUCAACCCCCAAAGUAACUAAGAAUUCAACUUGCAGGGUAAUGGCCUCUGUCCAGAAGCACAAUAAUGUGCUUCAGAUCUAGCCAUGUGGAUAUAUUUGGUCCAAGUUUUUGAAGUGGUGGUUACCAAAGAAUUAAUGCAACAGGUUUCAUGCACCUUUCAUGCCAGGCUAUGGUAACAGCCUAUUUAGAAAUCACUGUGCACAUUAUUGAAUUGCAGCCACCUCACAAAUGAAGUAUCAUGGCCUGCGCUGUCUUAAGAUUUUAUGUCAGGAAGUAAAAAAGAUACUGUAUCAAAUCUGGAAUUAAAAUGAGGAGUAAUACUGUAUGCUAAAUAACUUGUAUUUUAAGUUACUUCUUAUGAGAAAAGUGGUGGAUUUUUCUUUGUUUUUUCUUUUCAGCUACACUUACCUCUGAGAUGUAUUUUUUCUUUACCCAUUGAAUGAGUAAUAGAAAGGAGCCCAUUUUAUAAUGUAUGAAAACAAUGAAAAUGCCUUAAAAGGAAUGCUUAUGGAUAAAGUUGUGCUUAUAACACCCUUUAACAAAACCUGAUUUAAAAUUGUCUUUUUCUUUUCUACUAAGGGUUCUCUUUUUCAAAGUUUGCCAUUGUAUUUACAACUGCUAUUAAAUACCAAAUCAAAUAAUACAAAAACUGUAACAUUUCCUUUAAAAUUAAUGCUAAUGAGGGAUUUGGAGUUAAAUGGUAAAAUGUUUUAAUUGAUGAGACCAUAGAAAUCCAACUCAUUAACAAAAGACACACCAUUCUGUUUGGUUGAUUUGUUUUUUAAAAAACACAUUACUUUUUAUUUUAGGUUUUAACAUUUGUUUCUCCUAAAAAAAUUAAGAUGGUUUAACAUUCAGUUAUAAAACUGAUAUAAAAAAUGAAAUAAAACAAAGAAGUGAAUUUUCUGUAACAAAUGGUUAGUAAUCAUUUAAAAAGAAUAACAUAUAAUAAUUUAGUCAAGUAUUCUUUCAUUCCUUUCUCUUUACCCCAGAAAACUUAUUUUCAGACACAACCAGUAACUUAUAACCUUGUUUACACAAUUCUAACUGCACUAAUCCAUUUUGGGAUGAGUUCUAGAGGUUUUGAGAAAAAGAGAGUCUUUCAAUUCUGUUAAUCCCAGAAUAAGUUUAAAUACAAUUUAAUAGGUUGCCCAGGUUCAUUCCUUUCAUUUUCACUUACAGACUAUGGGAGGCAGAAUAUUAUAGACAGCAGUGGCCCUCUGUCCUUGGGGAAGUUAGUCUUUCUGGGCCCUAUUCACCAUGAAGUGGGAAUGGCAGUUAGACCAUAUAUCCAAGAUCCUCAGUUUCUGUGAUUCCUUCAUUUUACAUGCAUAAGCAACCUAAAAUUGCCACUUUUAUUGUCUUGGAGAUAUGUGAAAAGUAGAUAAAAACAUGGAAAUUUAGAAUAAGUUGGUCAUUUAUGGAAAAUAUUUACUAACUCCAAAUCUCUUAAAUCCAUUCCAUGCUUUAUAAAAAUUCUACCAUGAGUAAAUCUGUAGUUUGUGAUAUGUAUUAUGAAAUAAUUCAAGUUAUUUUUACUUUUAUUUUGCCUAUAGUAGUACAAAUUGGCACAAAUUAAGUACAGCAUCUCUACCAUAUGGAAAGUAUUUUUUGAGUGAUUGAACAUAGGAAAAUGUGGUUCUUUUCUCUUAAGAGUAUCACAUUUGGUUGUAUUGGGGGAAGACAUGAGAAUUUUCAUGACCAUGUGAGAACUUUUUGUAGUAUGGCUAGGUCAAAUCCUCAUCUAAUAAAGGAUUCUGUUUGAA